AUGUCUGGUUAUGGUACUCAAGUGAAUGUCCCACCUAAAAGACCUGCUCUUACCAGGAAUCUAUUAUUAGCCACCGCUGUUGCUUGUCUUGGUUCCAUUCAAUAUGGGUACCAUAUCGCUGAAUUAAAUGCCCCUGAACAAUUCUUAGUGUGUCCAAAUGAUUCACAUAGUAGUGGUAUUAUUAACUCAUCGCCACAAUGUAUUACUAUGACAGAUCAACAGUUUGGAGCUGUGACGUCCAUAUUUAGUAUUGGCGGAUUAGUUGGUUCAUUUUUCAUUGGGAAUUAUGCUAGUAAAUAUGGUAGGCGUUUAACAAGUCUAUAUGUUAGUGUUCUUGCAUUUUUAGGGUCUCUAGUGAUGUUUAUGGCAGGGUCUUUCAAUUCUUUACUUUUGGGACGUUUUAUUGUUGGUAUUUCGUGUGGCUCUGCUAUUGUUAUUACACCUUUAUUCAUUAAUGAAAUUGCACCAUCGCAAUGGAAAGGUGCAUUAGGUUCAAUGAACCAACUUAGUAUCAAUUUGGGGAUUUUAUUAACACAAACUCUUGCAUUGCCGUUAGCUAAUUUGCAAGAUUGGAGAUGGUUACUAGCAGUUGGAUGUAUUCUUGCAUUGUUAAAUGCUUUAGGUUGGUGGUACGUGGGAGAGUCUCCUCAGUGGUUAGUAUUACAUGAACAUGAUACAAUGAAAGCAAGUAUAAAUUUGGCUUAUUUGAGAGAUUGUAGCUUACAAACAGCUAAACAGGAGAUGGAACAAUGGGUAGAAAGUAGCAAUAAUAAUAAUAGUGAAUCUCAUGAUGCUACUCAAGAAUUAACUUUUUGGGGAUAUAUUACAAACCCUACUUAUCAAAGACCACGUCUAGCGAUUACUUUAUUACUUGUAGGUCAACAAUUUAGUGGGAUCAACUCUAUUAUUUUCUAUGGAGUGAAGGUAGUUAGUCAAGUGGUCUCUCAAUAUGCAAUUUUGGUCAAUUUUGCUAUCUCGAUCCUUAAUGUGAUAGUCACAUUCAUUGCUGGUCUAAUAAUUGAUCGCUCUGGUCGGAAACCUUUAUUAAUAGUAUCUACACUUGUGAUGAGUCUAAUGUCCCUAAUUAUUAGUAUCAGUAUCAUAUCAGGGCAUUCUAUAAUGUUAAUUGUAAGUUUAUUCGGUUUCAUCAUAGCCUUUGCUCUUGGUAUUGGACCUAUUCCAUUCUUAAUCAUCGGAGAGUUAUCAUCUGCUGAGAGUAUGGAACAGGCACAAAGUUACGGUACAGUAUGCAAUUGGUUGGCAACAUUUGUCAUUGGGUAUACUUUCCCAAUUUUAAACAAUGUGAUGGGUGGGUAUGUCUAUUUAACUUUCAGUGCAAUGACCGUGUUAUUACUGGUAGGGAUACGCAAAUAUGUACCGGAGACUAAAGGUACUCUAAAUGCCAACGAAGCCUGGCAAACUUUUAAUUAG